AUGAGUGGAAACAACCCCUCUCAUAACCCAGAAGACACCUACGUCCUGGUGACAGGUGCAAACAGUGGCCUGGGAUUCUCGAUAUGCUGUCGCCUAGCCGAUGAAUUUCUCAAAACCCGCCCACAAACUGCAUCCCUAAAUAUCAUCUUCACAACUCGCAGCCUUCGCAAAGCGCAAGAUACAAGCAGCCGCCUAGAAGCCCACCUCCGAAAAAACAAUCCUAACCCCGCGGACUUCUCACGCGUGCGGUUCCUCCCCGAAAGUGUCGAUCUUGGCUCCCUCAUAUCCGUCCGCGCUUGCUCCCGCAGACUCAAUUCCACCUUCCCAAAGCUCGAUGCUAUCAUUCUGAAUGCUGGAAUAGGCGGGUGGUCCGGUAUCGAUUGGCUUGUCGCGACUUUUGGCAUGAUCACGGAUCUCCUCCACCAGGCGACAUGGCCCAUCUACAAGUUGGCACCCGUCGGUGUAGUGACAGACAAACAGACGCCGAUUAAGGAGCUGGAGGAACCCGCACUGGGAGCUGUGUUCUGCGCCAAUACCUUUGGACAUUAUAUGCUUGCGCAUAAUGUGGCGCCUUUGUUGAAGCGCGCAAAGGGCCCAGACGGACCUGGGCGUGUGGUUUGGGUUUCCAGUAUCGAGGCAUCGGUGAACCACUUCGAUGUGCAUGAUAUUCAGGGCUUGCGCUGUGAUGCGCCUUAUGAGUCAUCGAAAACGCUCACGGACAUCUUGGCUUUGACCUCUGAUUUACCUAGUACGGCGCCUUGGGCGGUGGACAGCUUCAUGAGCUCUGACGGUAAUGCCAACAAAGAGGAGACUGAGCAGUCUGUUGUGCCUGUCCAGUAUAUUUCCCACCCCGGUGUUUGUGCCACAUCCAUCAUCCCGCUUCCACUGCCCCUUGUCUGGGCUAUGAUUCUUGCAUUCUGGGCCGCGCGCAUGCUGGGUUCUCCGUGGCAUACUUUGACCACAUAUCUCGGCGCUAAUUCCUCCGUGUUCCUUGCUCUGUCCUCCAAAGUCACACUUGAUGCUGCCGAGGAGCCCUACCGCCAGGCCGGUGGUGGCAAAGUGAAAUGGGGCUCCUCUGCCUCGCGGCGUGGAGUUGGAAGUGUGGCCUGCACAGAAACGGAUGGCUGGGGUUAUGGUGGAGUUGUCGGCACUCCUGUCGUCGAGGCUGAUCGGCAAAGACGCCGGAAGAGAGGAGCUUCUGAUCUUACCGCAGAGCAAAAGGAGAAUUUCGAGGAGCUUGGACGUGAGUGUUGGAAACAGAUGGAGGAAUUGAGGAUCAAAUGGGAUCAGAUCCUUGAUGAAGCUGAAAAGAGGCAAAAUGACCAGUGA